AUGGAGGUGUCGGCCGAAGAGUGGAUAGAACGGGCGAAGGAAAACAUGAAAAAAUUCCUUAACCGUGGUGGUGCUUGCCGGGGAGAUGAACCACAAAUGUUGGCCGGAGCGGCACUAGAAAAUACGCUCGGUUAUGCCCUUAACCUGACGAUGAAGGAUCCGAACGAGUGGACCGACGAUGAACUGCAGCAAGAGUACAUGGAACAGCUAUGCUUUUAUGACACCGAUUCGCGCAAGACAAUCGACAAGCUAACGCAGCAGAUGUACGCUCAAGGUGUCGUACCGGACGAACCGUGCCAUCUGACGAUCUUACCGAUUGAACUGUACGCAGAGGGGAAGCUUUAUGAGGUAGCCCUAUUUCGAUACCAAUUCGGGGAUCUUCAAGCAACCGAACCGAAGUACAUUGAUUCGUACGGUCGCGUGUAUGGAAGUUUCCGGGAUUUUCUGCGUAACAAUAAAUACCCGUCGGCGGAGAUGAUUUAUCCGCGCGAAGGGCGGCUCGAGGCGAGUGAAGAGAAAACUGUGCUGUAUGAGGUCGGCAAAACACCCGCCUGGAAAGCGUACUAUUUUAAAGCGUUGGACAUUGCCACGGGAAUAAUUGGUAUCGCUGGUGCAACUGGAGCCAUCUUUCUGUCCGGUGGUAUUGCGACACCCUUUGUUGCGGCCAGCAUUGGAUCGGCAUUGUACGCAACCGGACGCUCGAUCGAUGUGCUGCGCGAUAAAAGCGCCCACCAGGAAUCGUUGAAUCCGUUCCUUGAUUCCGAAUCCCGUACCGCAUGGCUGAGUCUUACGGCACACGUGCUCACCUUCGGCACCAUGCCCCACAUAUCGGCACUGUCCGGGGUCGCCUCAACGAGCCACAGCAUCGCAACGGGGUUCAAGGUGUGCAACUUCAUCAACGAGACGGGCAACAUCAUAAGCGAUCUGGUGAUUUGCGACACACUGUCGGCAAUGCAUUCGAAUUACUAUAACGCGUCGAUCGAAACACGGUUGGCGCACGCUGCCUCGAUCUGCUUCUGGACAAAGACCACCAUCAGCAUCCGGCAGGCGGAACUGAUGAUGAAGAACAAUGCAAUCGUUGCGCUGAAGCUGUUCGGGUUUGAGGAUCAUUGCUGCGAGUACUUUAACAACGAUUCGCACGCGAUCGAUAUUGGGUUAAGAAUUGCGAAGCAUUCGCUCGAGACCAAUGUGCAGAUCGUGUCCGAUCCGAGUGACCCCGGUGCGAUACGGAUUGAUGGUACCCGGUUCCCUAUAAAAGAACUGUUGCGACUAGAACCAAACGAAGUCGAAUUGCUGUUUGAAGCUUUGCAAGGUGUAUCAUCGACACCGGACGAUCGGGCACUGUUCGAUGAAAUGCGCUGUUUGGUUUGUUCGGUGAAAAACUCCGAUGAAGAAGCAAAGUUAAGCGUACUGGUACGACUGCUCGCCGCGGAAGCAGAACGGGAGUGUCUACCGGUUAACGAUGUAAUGGAAAUGUUACUUCAAACAUAUGCCGCCAUUAAACGAUACGAAGAGUCGGCAAAUGUAAAGCCUACCACAUUCCAGCUUUCAGCAGAACAGGAAGGACUAUGUGUAGGACGCGGCCUGUGGUUGCGGUUGAAACGGGCGUACAUUUUGUUUGCAUCCAAUCGAACACCAACUGUACCAGUGGAGCAAGCAGCGGCUGCUGGUGAUAGCAAACCGAAGGACACUGAGCCAACGGUGGAUGAUGAAGACAAGGAUUCGGAUCGGAUAAUACGGGCAAUGCUGGAGCUGUCGGAGAAGCAGUGCAGCCAGCUGACGGAAAUAAUACGCCAGGAUCCGAACUAUUUUUCUAUUUUUAAGCAAAAAUCAUUGGAAGUAAUCGAGGAUCAUGAAGGUGUCGGUGAGGGCAAUGAGACAACAGCACACCAAACGGAGCAACUCCUCUACGAAAAGCUGAAGAAUAAUAUUCUGAAAGCUCUAGAGCGUGAAGGAAAGCAUAGUUAA